AAAUAAUUAAAAAAUAAAAAGAAAUCUUCACUCAAGUUCAGACUUCAGAGUAGCUCAACUCUCUGGCGACUCGCCGCGUCGUGCCGUUGUUUGCUUCUCUAAACAGAGCCAUGAAGGUUGCGGUGGUGGGAAGCGGAAUUUCAGGAGCUGUUUGUGCCUCAACUCUUGCUAAGAAUGGCGUCCCCGUUACUCUCUUCGACUCCGCUCGAGGACCUGGUGGCCGCAUGUCUCAGAGAAGGACAAAGAGGUUUUACACAUAUGAUGGUUUGUUCAAAUAGAGAAAUUUCUGAAGAUGGGAAGGAACUGUUGUUCGACCAUGGUGCUCCUUAUUUUACUGUUAGCAAUCCUGAUGUGUUGGAACUUGUUCGUGAAUGGGAAUCAGUAGGUCUUGUUGCUGAAUGGAAAGUGAAUUUCAGUUCUUUUGAUUGUGUCUUCAACAAAUUUGUUGAUAUACAACAGGUUGGAAUAAGCAAGAAAUAUGUGGGUGUGCCAGGCAUGAACUCGAUUUGUCGAGCCUUAUGCCGUCAGCCUGGAGUGGAAAGUAAGUUUGGCGUAGGUGUUGGAAGAUUGGACUGGUUGGAUGAGAAGAAUUUGUGGUCAGUGAUGGGGUUGGAUGGACAAAGUCUUGGUAAUUUUGAGGGAGUGGUUGCAUCGGACAAAAAUGUGGUUUCAGCAAGGUUUAGAGAUGUAACAGGAAAACCACCUCCUCUUGAUUUGACUUUUGCCCCAGAGUUGGUUGCAAAGUUGGAAGAUAUCCCUGUCAAUCCUUGUUUUGCUCUAAUGCUGGCAUUUGCUGAGCCUUUGUCUUCGAAUCCAGUAAAAGGGUUCUCAUUCCAGAAUUCCAAAAUUUUGAGCUGGGCCCAUUGUGACAGCAGCAAGCCUGGGCGUUCUGCCACAAGUGAACGAUGGGUAUUACAUUCGACAGCUGAGUAUGCUAAAAGUGUAAUUGCUCAAACUGGACUUCAAAAGCCUUCAGAUGAGACAUUGACGAAAGUGGCUGAAGAAAUGUUCCAAGAAUUUCACGGCGUAGGUCUCAGUAUUUCACUGCCAGUUUUCAGAAAAGCUCAUAGAUGGGGAAGUGCCUUUCCAGCUACAAGCGUAGCCAAAGAGGAGAAAUGCCUCUGGGAUAGAAACAAGAGACUAGCCAUCUGUGGAGAUUUCUGCGUUGGUCCUAACGUUGAAGGUGCAAUUCUUAGCGGCUUGUCUGCAGCUUCAAAACUUAUGGAGAUCCUUAGUUGCUUAUAGUUUGAUAGUAUCAUUAAUCAUUUAACUAAAAAGGUUUACGCAUCAUAUGGAAUAUCCGAUAGGCAAUAAGUUAUAUGAAACUGUACAUACCUCUUAUGUGAUUUGGCAUGGCAGAGAACUUCUUAUUUGGAAAUUAUAAUUGCCUGAUAUUUUAUUAGCUUAUGUUUUGUUCUUCA